CCUCUGCUUCGCUCGACUCGCGCAGUUUCCCCACCCUGGGUUUUCUCAACUCCUCUCCCUGUAUCCUUAGCCACCCUGCUUUUCUCCCCCUGUUUUUAUUGGGGAUUUCUUCUUACGAUGACUUGUCUGCCUCACCCUCUUCCACUUCAGCCCUGAAGACUUCAAAGGAGCCUUUAUCUUCCCCCCCAGGGAUAGUAAAGAGAUCUCAAUCCUUAAAAUUCUUAGGAGGUAAAGGAUCGGACGCGGGACCUUCUCCACACACUUGGGGCCAUUCGAGAACCGCAUUACCGACGAUAACCAGCAUUUCAUUUCACCCACUGGGAAGGAGGGAGAGAGGUGCCAGAAGCAAACUUGAGCCCGAUCAGAGAAUCCGUGGUCCCCCGCCUUUGCAGGAGCCGCGCGCCAGAAGGCGAAGACCCCACGGGGAACCGGGAGGAGCCUCGAGCCUUUCGCCCCUUCGGCGAGGCCGGAGCCGUGGACUGAGCCGCGCGGGACAGCGGCGGCGGCGGAGGCCAGGAGAAGAUGCGGGGCUCGGGGCCCCGGGGUGCGGGACGCCGGCGGCCCCCGGGCGGCAGCGGCGGCGCCCCCAGCACCGCUGCGUCUGUGGCCGGCUGCUACUCCGUACCUCGCAGGGCCCCACUCUGGACGUGCCUUCUCCUGUGCGCCGCGCUCCGGACCCUGCGGGCCAGUCCCAGCAACGAAGUGAAUUUGUUGGAUUCACGUACUGUCAUGGGGGACCUGGGAUGGAUUGCUUUUCCAAAAAAUGGGUGGGAAGAAAUUGGUGAAGUUGAUGAAAAUUAUGCCCCUAUCCACACUUACCAAGUAUGCAAAGUUAUGGAACAGAAUCAGAAUAACUGGCUUCUGACCAGUUGGAUCUCCAACGAAGGUGCUUCCAGAAUCUUCAUUGAACUUAAAUUUACUUUGCGGGACUGCAACAGCCUUCCUGGAGGACUGGGGACCUGUAAGGAAACUUUUAACAUGUAUUACUUUGAGUCAGAUGAUGAGAAUGGGAGGAAUAUCAAGGAAAAUCAAUACAUCAAAAUUGAUACGAUUGCUGCCGAUGAAAGCUUUACGGAACUUGAUCUUGGUGACCGAGUCAUGAAACUGAAUACAGAGGUUAGAGAUGUAGGACCUCUAAGCAAAACGGGAUUUUAUCUUGCCUUUCAAGAUCUGGGUGCUUGCAUUGCUCUGGUUUCUGUGCGUGUGUACUAUAAAAAAUGUCCUUCUGUGGUACGACACUUGGCUGUGUUCCCUGACACAAUCACUGGAGCUGAUUCUUCGCAGUUGCUAGAAGUGUCAGGUUCCUGCGUCAACCAUUCUGUGACAGAUGAACCACCCAAAAUGCAUUGCAGCGCAGAAGGGGAGUGGCUGGUGCCCAUCGGGAAAUGCAUGUGCAAAGCAGGAUAUGAAGAGAAAAAUGGCACGUGUCAAGUGUGCAGACCUGGGUUCUUCAAAGCCUCACCUCACAGCCAGAGCUGCAGCAAAUGUCCACCUCACAGUUACACCCAUGAGGAAGCUUCAACCUCUUGUGUCUGUGAAAAGGAUUAUUUCAGGAGGGAGUCUGAUCCACCCACAAUGGCAUGCACAAGACCCCCCUCAGCUCCGCGGAAUGCCAUCUCAAAUGUUAAUGAAACUAGUGUCUUUCUGGAAUGGAUUCCUCCUGCUGACACUGGUGGAAGGAAAGAUGUGUCAUAUUAUAUUGCAUGCAAGAAGUGCAUCUCCCAUGCAGGUGUGUGUGACGAGUGUGGAGGUCAUGUCAGGUACCUGCCCCAGCAAAUCGGCCUGAAAAAUACCUCUGUCAUGAUGGUGGAUCUGCUCGCUCACACAAACUAUACCUUUGAGAUUGAGGCAGUGAAUGGAGUGUCCGACUUGAGCCCAGGAGCCCGGCAGUAUGUGUCUGUAAAUGUAACCACAAAUCAAGCAGCCCCCUCUCCAGUCACCAAUGUAAAAAAAGGGAAGAUUGCAAAGAACAGCAUCUCUUUGUCUUGGCAAGAGCCGGAUCGCCCCAAUGGAAUCAUCCUGGAGUACGAAAUCAAAUAUUUUGAAAAGGACCAAGAGACCAGCUACACGAUUAUCAAAUCUAAAGAGACAACCAUAACUGCAGAGGGCUUGAAACCAGCUUCAGUGUACAUCUUCCAAAUUCGAGCACGGACAGCAGCAGGCUACGGUGUCUUCAGUCGAAGAUUUGAGUUUGAAACCAUCCCAGUGUCAGUUGCAGCCUCCAGUGAUCAAAGCCAGAUUCCUAUAAUCGCUGUGUCGGUGACAGUUGGCGUCAUUUUGUUGGCAGUGGUUAUUGGCUUCCUCCUCAGUGGAAGUUGCUGCGAAUGUGGCUGUGGAAGGGCUUCUUCCCUGUGCGCUGUUGCCCAUCCAAGCCUAAUAUGGCGGUGUGGUUACAGCAAAGCAAAGCAAGACCCAGAAGAGGAAAAGAUGCAUUUUCAUAAUGGGCACAUUAAACUGCCGGGAGUAAGAACAUACAUUGAUCCACACACCUAUGAGGAUCCCAAUCAAGCUGUCCAUGAAUUUGCCAAGGAGAUAGAAGCUUCCUGCAUUACCAUUGAAAGAGUUAUUGGAGCAGGUGAAUUUGGUGAAGUUUGUAGUGGGCGUUUGAAACUUCCAGGAAAAAGAGAAUUACCUGUGGCGAUCAAAACCCUUAAAGUAGGCUACACUGAAAAACAGCGUAGAGAUUUCCUGGGUGAGGCCAGCAUCAUGGGGCAGUUUGAUCAUCCUAACAUCAUUCACUUAGAAGGUGUAGUGACCAAAAGUAAACCAGUGAUGAUAGUGACAGAGUAUAUGGAAAAUGGCUCUUUAGAUACCUUUUUAAAGAAGAACGAUGGGCAAUUCACUGUGAUUCAGAUUGUGGGCAUGCUGAGGGGCAUCGCCGCGGGAAUGAAGCACCUGUCUGACAUGGGCUACGUGCACAGAGACCUCGCUGCCAGGAACAUCUUAAUCAACAGUAACCUUGUGUGCAAAGUGUCUGACUUUGGGCUUUCCAGGGUGCUGGAGGACGAUCCUGAGGCAGCCUACACCACAAGGGGAGGCAAAAUUCCAAUCAGAUGGACUGCCCCAGAAGCUAUAGCUUUCCGAAAGUUUACCUCUGCUAGUGAUGUGUGGAGCUAUGGGAUCGUGAUGUGGGAGGUCGUGUCUUAUGGAGAGAGGCCCUACUGGGAGAUGACCAACCAGGAUGUUAUUAAAGCAGUAGAGGAAGGCUACCGUCUGCCGAGCCCCAUGGACUGUCCUGCUGCUCUCUACCAAUUAAUGCUGGAUUGCUGGCAGAAAGACCGAAAUAGCAGGCCCAAGUUUGAUGAAAUCGUCAACAUGCUGGACAAGCUUAUACGUAACCCAAGUAGCCUGAAGACGCUGGUUAAUUCGUCAAGCAGAGUGUCUAAUUUAUUGGCAGAACAUGGUCCUCUGGGAUCUGGGGCCUACAGAUCAGUAGGUGAAUGGCUAGAAGCAAUCAAAAUGGGCCGGUAUACAGAGAUUUUCAUGGAAAAUGGAUACAGUUCAAUGGACGCUGUGGCUCAGGUGACCUUGGAGGACUUGAGACGGCUUGGAGUGACUCUUGUCGGUCACCAGAAGAAGAUCAUGAACAGCCUUCAAGAAAUGAAGGUGCAGCUGGUAAAUGGGAUGGUGCCGUUGUAACUUCAUUUUAAUGUCACCUCAUUGAAUGAAUGAUUCUGCACUUUGUAAACAAGCCCUGAGAUUUAUUUUAACAAAAAAAAGAGGAAAAAGGGAAAACUCAGUGAUUUCUAAAUGUUUUUGAGAGCAUUUCUUUCAGCCACAGAAUUUGUAAUCAGUGUUUUACUAAAAACUUCCUUAGCUUCCUCCCAGUGACUUCAAGUUUUUAUGAAACAAGGAUGACCUCCUUGGAAUAACAGCAUGAGGUUCAACUAUAUCUUAUCUUACAGCAACGAAAUCCUCCCCGCUACUUCUACAACAUUUUAUACAUGAGACAUAUAACUAUACACAGCACCUUUAUAGACUGAAUUAAGGCAGCACCUUUCAAGACUUCCAAGAAUCUACUUGAAAGGAAAAGUUUUGUAGUCAUGUGUGGGCUAACAAACGCUGCAAUUUACUGAAGUUUACUUCUAGUCUUAAUUAUCUACAUAAGUGUAUUGAAGAGCAAUAUGGCUAGAUAGUUUCUUAAUAGGUACCUUCUUUUGUCAUUUUAAAGUGCUGAUACACCGUGUUAAGUUAUAGAAACUAGUAUAUAAACAUAUUGCUUGAUCAAGG